CUUUUAGUAACGUGCUGCUCGUCGAACAAGAUCUCCCGUUUUUGCCCGGUCCGCUCGAAAAGGAAAAACAAACGCUCUCCAUCGAAUUGGCAUAGAUUUAGUGCCCUCCGAGCUGAAAAAUGUCGGGCGAUGUGCAGCCGCGAAAGCGUAAGGAUAAGCGCCGGAAACGCGAUGAUCGCAAAUCCGAGGGCGAUGUGACUGUUCUGCGUCAGUCCAGCUUUCAAGAUGACGACGAAUCUUCGCACGGCGUUCACAUUACAAAGAUGGGAAACGAAGAUCUUCACCUGCACGUGCACCACGAACACGGGACCGGUGGUCAUUGGUGUGCCAAGAUCAUAUUCUUCGCUCUGAUGGCGGUGUUACUGGGUUUGGUGGGUCUGAUCAUCAUGGAGAACCGCGGACUGGAGGAUCUGGACACUCCCUUAUCGGAAUCACGUUUCUCUAAAGUUUUUGAUGGCUGGGUGGACGAACAUCGGGAUGAGCAUGAUGCCCAUGAUGUGCAUGAACCCUCUGGUGAGGCUUUGGAUGAUCACGAUGAUCACGAUGACCAUGAUGAUCAUGAAGAAGAAGAAGAAGAACCCCUAUCAGAGGAAUUAGAAGAAGAACCGGAAGAGGAGGAGGAAGAGCCUACUGAGGAGGAGGAACCAGAGGCAGAUGAAGAUGAGCAGGAAGAAGAUGAAGAAGAUGAGGAGAACAAUGCGGGCGAAAACAUAACCGCCGAGGAUGCAGAGGAAGAAGAUGAGGAUAACGAGGAUGAGGGCACUGUGGAGGCCACUGUGGAAGCCACCACUGAAGCCACUACUGAAGCCACUGCGGAAUAUGAAGCUGAAGACGAGGAAGAGGAUGAGGAUGAAGCUCCAGCUGAUGAGGAUGAUGCAGUAGAAUCUACAGAAGCCCCUCUGUUAGAAGCUGAAGAGCAGGAGGAAGAUGAUGAGGAUGAGGAAGAGCAGGAGGUAGAAGAGUCUGUAGAGCCACCAAUAUCACAGUCGGCAGCACAAAGUGCUCCAGCUCAAGAUGAUAACGAUGAAGAUGAUGAUGAGGACCAAGAUAACAAAGAUGAUGAGGACGACGAUGACGACUUUGAGUCCCUGGAUCAGCAGUUUGAAAACGAACCCGAGGAAUCGAAGCCAGCAAAGGCAGUAGAUAGCCAGGAGCAGGAUCAGAACCAGGACGAUGGGGAGGAGCCCAAGGAAGAGGGCUCCUCUUGGUUGGCAUCCCUUGCCGUUAAAUUUGGCGUUGGCGUUGCACUUGCCUUAGUUUCACGCCUUGUAUUGAUAAGGAAAAGUCCAAAUACAAACGAGGAUGAGCCCGCUCCAGAGGCCAUACUGAGGCGAAGAUUGACGAUUGCCACGGCCGAGGAUCAUAUACCAGACGAUGUGGAGGAGCUGCCCCUGCUGGACGACGAUGAAUACUCCGAGGAGGAAAUCGAAAUCGAAGAGGAGAUCGAGGUGGAGAUCAGCGACAUCGAGGAGGAGGAGGAAGCCCGCCACGAUAGCGAUGACAAUGUGGCCUCCAUGGCCAACUAUGUGCCCGAAACCUUUGAGCAACUGAGUGCCAUGUACAAGUUGGUCCAGGAGCAUGCUAAGGAAACCAAACCCGAGGAGAAGGAAAAAAAGGAGCCGGAACAGCCGGCUGGAGCUAGCGACAUCUAUGUGGAGUACGAGGACGGGGCGAUUGAGGAUUACGAGCAUGAGGGGGAUAGCGAGGAUGAGGAGAUCACCGACGAGGAGGACGAGAUCUCCGACGUGGACGAUGCCGAUCUGAUGAACCGGCUGGAGGCCAAAUACGGCCGCCUGCCCGUCAAGGAGUUCGAAAGCGAUCCGGACUCCGACGACCCCAGCUGGACACAGAUAAAGCCGAAAGAAGCUGCAGCUGCUCCACCCGCGGAGAAAGAGGAUCCUUUUGAGCAGGAGUUGCGCAAGGCCAACGAGGAGAUGAUUAGGGAGAACUAUGCCCAAGCCCUGCGAUCCUUUAACACGCUCACCACCGACUAUGCCCACGAGCCAUUGGCCCAUUUGGGAAGAGCCCGACUCCUGGAACUGCUGUCCAAGAAGGAGCGGAGCAACCAGCGCCUGUGGGAAGCCAUCGAUGCCUACAAAAGAUAUCUGGCCUUUGGCAAUCUGGUGAAAAGUGAUCGGGAGUUUAUAAAUGCCGGCGAAAGUUGCAUUGAGAAUUUGAGAUUUUUGGGUUACCACCGACAGGCCACCACCAUCCAUGAUCUGCUCAUCGAGCGCUUGCCCGAGGAUCCCCGCCUGCGUAACCAACUCUCACUCACCCAUCUUAUGGUCAACAAUCUUCAGCAGGUUGAAAAGGUGGCCGAGGCAACUCUGAAACUCUGGCCAACCAAUGCUGUGGCUCAACUUCACUAUGGAUUGGCCCUGAGGCAGCUCCAUGGUGACUAUGUGAAGGCUCUACCCUAUCUAAGAUAUGCAGUGGAGUCCCAGGAAGAGGGCACCCAGGAGGCUUUCUUCUACUUAUCGCUUGGAGAGACCCUGCAGCGUCUGUCCAAGAAAUCAGAGGCUUUGGAGGUUUACAAAAAAGGAGUGACCAAGGGAUUCUUUGCCAGUCUCUAUCAAAGAUCACUGUAUAAUGAGCCCAGCUUGAAGGCACAGCCAUUUUGGCAGCCCAAGGAGACGGGUUACGAAAGGCAGCUGGAUAGAUUGCAGCUCCAUUGGCGGGCCAUUCGUGAUGAGGCAGUGGCUCUGCUGGGUGAAAGUGGCUUCUUCCAGGAUGAAGCGGAACAGCUGCGCGAUAAGGGAGUCUGGCAGCAGUACGAGCUGUAUGCCCAGGGUCGUCGGGUGAAGGACAACUGCCGUAGGACCCCGAUUACCUGUGGCCUGCUGCAGGAGUUUCCCGAAUCCUCGGGCUGUCGUCGCGGCCAGGUGAAGUUCAGUGUGAUGCAGGCCACCACGCAUGUGUGGCCACAUUGUGGACCCACCAAUUGCCGGCUGAGGGCGCACCUCACCCUGGUUGCUCCAGAGCCGGAGAAAACCUCACUUCGAGUGGCAGAGCAGGAAAGAACCUGGCGUGAGGGAGAACUCUUUAUAUUCGAUGAUAGCUUCGAGCACGAGGUGUGGCACAAUGGCAGCCAACCACGCCUGGUCCUCAUCCUGGAUAUGUGGCAUCCGCAACUGACUCCCGCCCAGCGGCGCAGCUUAUCACCCAUUUAAUAACGGGCGUGUUACUUAGUUCUAUAAACAGUUCCGGUUUCUGGGGCCUGUAAUUUAGUUCAAUUUCUCCAAAUCGCAUCGUUCAUUGUUAGUUAAAUCUCCAUGUUUUUGUAUAGACAUUCUAAUUAUACCUCUUAAUCGUUAAGCUCGGUUUGAAUGCGUGUUUAGGCUACAUAGACGUCACUUUAUCUGUGCAUAUCAUAUACGAUUAGCGUUGGCUGGCAGCUUACCCUCGCUUUUUGUACUUUACAGAAAUACAAAACCUUUUAGGAUUCGAAAA